AAAAAAGCUAAACUAAAAACGUAUUUCAUUAUCUGCUCCUUUGAUUUCACUCUGACUGUUAAAUAGUACUGGUGUACUAUGUCCGCAAUAUAGAGUUUGAAAAUAAUAUGGAUAUAAUUAUGUUAUAUCCAAUAAUAUUAUGUUUUAUUGUGGUAUGUGGCGUGUGACAAUAAUUAUGUUUUUGACUACGACUAAAUUAGAAAAUUGCAAAAUAUUGUUCAACGCAAACAAUAUUUUAUCACAUGAAAUGUAUGUUCAAGAUUAGUUGUAUUAGUCAUAUCGAUAUCUAAUCCUAUUGUGGUAUUUUAUAAAUAUCAUAAUCCAUAUUAAUGAAAAAUAAACUUAAUGUGUCGAGCACAAAGCUCAAUAUCUUUUGAACGACACGAUAUAUGAACUAUAUUUAUCUAUUGAUAAACUCUUUGCCGAUAAUGAUGGAGUUAUAGCCCCUAAAGUUGUUACAGUUUUGAUAUUAAUCUGUAGUUAUACGGACGCGAAUUAAAUAAAGUGAAAUAAAAAAAAAAAUCACAAUGAGUUGUCGAUAUUACACUGAAGCGACUAUAGGUUGGAUGUUGAAUAAUAAAAGAAUUGUAUUUCUUGCGGUGUUAAAUUUUUGUCUAUUCGUGUCUAUGUUAGCAAUGAUCGGUCAAAGAAAUAGAGCAUAUAGAGAAAUAGAAAAUCUAAAAGAACAACUGAACAGUAACGAUAACAACGGCGAAGAGAAUAAUGAGGAGACACCUGAGGGGGACAAACCUGAGGAUGACAAGCCUGAAGGUCAACAAUCUAAUAAAGCAACGCCUGAGAAUAAUCCACCUGACAAAUCUAAUAAAGUUGAAGAUAUAAAAUUCGAAGAGAGUGCCCAUAAUGAAAACAAUCAAUUGAACGAACAACCAGUUAAAAGUGAAGAGGAACAUAAAAUUGUACGCAGGUCAUUAAGUGAUAAUAGUAUAAAAACAUUGGACAGUAGAUUAUUGAAAUUAAUGGGAUACAUAUCUUGAUGUGCUCGAGAAAUCAAAAAUGUUUGAAAGUAAACUGAAUUAGUUACUAAAUUUUAAUAUAAUGUUAUUAUUAUUACUAUUAUUUUAACUGGUGUUUUAAUUAUUAUUUUUAUGAUACAUUUGUUAUUUUAAGAUAAUAUAAACGAAUGCAGACAAUGACUGAGUUUUAGAUUGUAAAUUACAUUAGUUGUCAAUUUAUUUGCUAAUAUUGUAAAAAUUUUACUUUGUAAAGAAAUCGCGUUGUAAUUUAAUCGCUACAAAAUAUGGCAUUAUAUUAAUUACAAUUA